AUGCAGAUUAAUUACAUUGUCCCACAUCUUCUUGGGGACAGCGGAUAUGCUGGGCGAAGGUGGCUACUUACCCCAUACCUCAAUCCCCAGCCUGGUAGCCAAACAGCAUACAACAGAUCCCAUAAAAUUACUAGAGCCAAGGUGGAGAGAGGCAUAGGCCAACUUAAAAGACGAUUCGGUGUUCUCCAUGGUGAAAUUAGGGUGCAGCCAGAAAAAGCUUGCAGAAUUGUUCUGACCUGCGCUGUUUUGCACAAUAUCUGUAAAGCGCGGAACAUACCAAUGCCAGACGUGAUUGAUGACGGCGGCAAUGCUAACAACAUGGACAACAACAUUGCUCCUCAACAUGGUAUGCAGUACAGAGAUUACUUCGCCAACACCUACUUUUAAGCAGUACAUAUUGUGCCAUGGCCUGAAAUCAUUGGAUGAUGUGCUGAUGAAAAGUUUACAACUUCAUUUUAUGAAUAGACAUUAUUCACACAGUUUGCAGUAAAAAAAAUGGCAUGAAUGUGUUACUUACAUGUUGUAUGUCUCACUGGUCACAUUAAGGUCUGUCACCAUCUGAACUGGGCUGAAAGAAAAAAAAUAUUUCAUUACAUUAAAAAUGAAUAGCUUGAGAAAAAUGACUUAUAAUAUAUUGAUGUAUGAAGAACAUAACAGCUGCAAGUUUUA